AUAUAUACAGAGUAAUAAACUUAUAUAUUUACGACAUACGGUAUACCUGAGGACAAACCAAAUGCAUGUUGUCCCAUGUCCUUUAACUGUACAUAUACUUGUGACCCAGGAUAUCGAAGAGGCUGUCCGCCAAUUUGAAUAUGGCUGUUUCUUUACCGGAUAAACUUUUCUUGGCUGCCAUAGACUUCGGAACAACCUUUUCUGGGUAUGCCUUUGCCGCGAGAGGCGAGUUAGAAGAUGACUUAUCAAAAAUUUAUGUCCCCCACUGGCGUUCUUCUGAUGGGAGCUUGAUUUCAUACAAGACUCCAACCACUGUUUUAUUGGACAAAGAUGAGAAAUUGGUUGAUUUCGGUUUCGAUGCUGAAACCACUUACGCAGAACUGUCAGAAAAUGGGGAACAUGAGGACUAUUUCUACUUCCGACGAUUUAAGAUGAUGCUCUACGACCAAGUCAGAACAAAGAAAUUGACAGUAGAUACAACGGUUGCAGAUAUACGGGGACGAGAAAUACAGGCUGUAAAAGUUUUUACCCAUGCUAUACGAUAUUUAAAGGAUCAUCUGCUGGAUUCUCAAAAACCCAAGGGGAAAAUUGUGAAGAAUGAUGACAUCCUAUGGGUUCUAACUGUUCCAGCAAUUUGGGAUGACACAGCUAAACUAUUCAUGCGAAAAGCAGCACAAGAGGCGGGUAUACCUGGCCAUCAGCUGAUGAUUGCAUUAGAACCAGAGGCGGCCUCUAUCUACUGCAAACAUCUCCCCGUAGAGAAACUGGAGGGAACCAACACAAUCAGCGCCUUCCAGCCAGGGAGCAAGUACCUGGUACUGGACGCUGGGGGGGGAACAGUGGAUAUAACCGUACAUGAAGUCAAACCAAAUGGACACCUGAAAGAACUAGACCGAGCGAGUGGCGGGGACUGGGGUGGAACCAGUGUGGACAUGGCCUUCAAAAGCGCUCUGGCGGAGAUAGUGACGGAGGGAAUGAUUGAAGGCUACUGCCACAAGUUCACUGGGGACUACAUCGAACUGUUCAGGGAUUUUGAAAUCAAGAAACGCAAAUGUGGAAAAGGAAACAGCUCAGAUUCAUUUAUCACGUUGAAAAUUCCCGUAACAUUUACCGACGAAUGCCAAGAAACUCUGAACACAGACCUUACCACGCUUGUCAACAAAUCUACAUACAAAGAUCAUAUUCUCUGGAAAACAGAUAAGGUUAGAAUAGAUUUGCCGACGUUUGAAACCUUUUUUCAGCCAGCUUGCGAUGGAAUCGUCAAACACGUGAAGGAGUUGUUCCAGUCACCCAAAGUCAAAGGUGUCAAUAAGAUCCUAAUGGUGGGCGGGUUUUCCGAGUCAAACAUAUUACAGGAUGUGGUUCGGAGGGCGUUUCCGAAUUGCCAGAUCAUAGUUCCACAAGAAGCUGGUCUGGCUGUUCUACGUGGAGCAGUUUUGUUUGGCUGUAAUCCAAAGGCCAUAGACUCCCGUAUUGCAAAAUACACCUAUGGCGUAGCCACAAAUGUUGAAUUUGACCCAGAAAUCCACAUGGAAUCCAAAAGGGAAAUCAUUGAUGGAGAGGAUUACUGUACUGACAUAUUCGAUAAACACGUGGAGAAAGGUGAAGAAUUAAUUGUCGACGAGGCCCAGGCCGAGAGAUCUUACCUUCCAAUGACCCAUCAACAAAAGGCUAUAUCAUUCAGUAUUUACACGUCGACUGAGGAUGCCCCUUUUUAUGUGGACUAUUGCGAAAAUAUUGGAAAAUUUGAGGUCAGCGUUCCUGUCGGUGUGGAUGAUCGCUCCGUCAAUGUCAGGAUGAUAUUUGGUAGAACUGAGCUCACGGCCGAGGCAAGGGUAGUGAAAACAGGGGAGAUAAUGCCCGGACAGUUUGAACUCCCUGAAGAAGAGAAGAUUUAAAAAACUUUCAGAAGUCCCAGAAAUCUUUUUUUUUUUUGGUAGACGUUUUUAAAGUUAUAAGUCUUUUCCAGUCAUAUAUCAGAAUAUUAUGCUUCAUAAACUACAUUUAGUUUGAUAUUGAAAUAUAAUAUAUAACCAUCUGAUCAAAAACCUUAUGUAUAUUUGUAUACCCAAGUGUGCGAACAGAGAAUUCAACGUUUCUCUUUUCUUAUUUUAUGAUAAUUUGAACAGUUGCCGUAUCUAACUUAAUUUGUGAUUUAUUAUAUUCUAGUUAUAUUUCAAAUAUUGUCCUUAAUUUGAACAUUUUCUGUAUAUAAACUUUUUUUUUAUCAUUUUUUAAUUACACUUUCAAUAUUG